CAGAGGCAGAGGCUGCAGCGCCCGAAAAGUUCCGAAUUUGCCAGACAGAGUCCACAUAGGGCUGCUCGUCGCUUUGUGGCCGCAUCCGGAACUGUUAGCAGCAGUUGCUGUUGCCGGAAUUUGAUUUUAACGCAUUUCUCAGAGCCGCGUCGCCGUUUCCCAAUUGGCAACUGGCAACCAUAUCAAAACCGAGCGCAGGCCCAAUCGGAAGAGUCUCGUCUGUGCCUCCGGAACGUUUCAAUGGCAACACAUUGAAAUUGGCUGAGCCAAAGGGGAACCCAUCUCCACGUGGGCAUUCAUGCGGGAGAUCCGUUGGAAUGAGCUCCAAUUGUGGCGUCACAUGCUCUGACAAGUUAUUAGCUACACGUCUGCCAUCCAAAUAAACAUCCCCAUCAAUAUAACACUUGAACCUGGAGUAGGAAGAGGAGGUUCUCCUCAAGCUAAGUAUGGCCGCCAGGCGCAGCUGCCUGCUACAGCUCCUCUGGAUCUCUUGGAUCACUUGGCAGCUACCUUUGGUCAGCGGAUAUCUAAACAUAUUUAUCAGCCACCACGAGGUGAUGAAACUGAUGGGGCUGGAGGCGGAUUUGUUCUACGUGCACGAGGGAGCCAUUAACACAUACGCGAUGCACUUCACUGUUCCCGUCCCGGCAGAUGUGCACGAGCUGGAGUUCUCCUGGCAGAGUCUCAUUGCUUAUCCGCUGCGCUACACUAUCAGCAUCGAAUAUGCGAACGACCAGGACGCACUGGGUACACCCACGCUGAGCAUUCCACACAAGGGUCUGGUGCCGCAGGAGAUCGAGUCCUUCCUGGUCUACCUGCCCUGCACCGGCAACGCCAGCCUCCAACUGCCGGUCAAUGUCAACAUGGUAGUGCAGGGACCUCCCCGCUUCAACGACACCCGGCUCCACUUCAAGCGCAACAAGAUCUGUGCCAAGGGCAUCUCACCCGAACCAAACCAGUCGCCGGCCCCAGCCCACGCCCCUUCCCAGGGACCGGCUUUGAUGAGCGCCGCUGCCUGCGCUCUGGGCCUAGUUUUAGCCGUAGGCCUCGUGGCUAGCAUGAUGUAUGUGCGGGCUCGCAAGCAGCUGCGCCAGGACUCACUACACACCAGCUUCACUACAGCGGGUUAUGGCAGUCAUCAGAAUGUGUUCAUUCGCCUUGAUCCUUUAGGUCGACCGCCGAGUGCCACCGGAUCCUACGCGACCAUCGCCAGCCUGAAUAAAUAUCCAGCGGAGACCAAAAAGUCGUGCAGCAUAUUCGACCGGUUCCGCAGCUCGCCCACACCCACACCCUACGCCACCGCCCUGCUGCCAAUGGGAGACCAGAACGGCGAGACCAUUUACUCAAAGCCAGAAUCUGUCUGUCCCUCGAGAAUAUCCUACUACGCCUCCUCCCAGCUAACCCAGGCCUGCAGCAUGUCCACACCGAAGAGCAGCCGUGGCAAUGGCAGCGGCAGCCUCUUCGGCGGCCUUGCCACCGGCAGCACCAUCACCGUGGCCAGUCAUGGGCAUGGCGACAAGACCAAGGAGCGUCUGCGUCGUAUACCCAGCGUGCAGCCGGGUGCUUUGAGCUACGAGCAGCUCAUCAAAGAGGGCACCUUUGGCCGCAUCUAUGCGGGCAAGCUGGGCGAGACUUGCGAUGCGCUGGUCAAGACGGUCAUCGACGGCGCCUCGUUGACGCAGGUGGCCUGCCUGCUGCAGGACGCCUCGCUGCUCAUUGGCGUCAGCCAUCAGCACAUAUUGGCGCCUCUGCUGGCCAACACGGAGCUGCCCGGCCCGCCCGAGAUUGCAUACCCCUAUCCGUCCAAGGGCAAUCUAAAGAUGUACUUGCAAAAGUCACGGGAAUCCAGCACUGCGCUGAGCACCCGCCAGCUGGUGGAGUUCGGACUCCAUAUUACCAAGGCGCUGGCCUAUCUGCACUCGCUGGGCAUUGUGCACAAGGAUUUGGCCACACGCAAUUGCUACGUGGAUGAGGAGGCGUAUGUGAAGAUUUGCGACAGCGCGCUCUCGCGGGAUCUCUUUCCGGAUGACUAUGACUGUCUGGGCGAUAAUGAGAAUCGUCCGCUCAAGUGGCUGUCGCUGGAGUCGCUGCAGAAGAAGGUCUAUACCACGCAGGGCGAUGUCUGGUCUCUGGGCGUACUCUACUGGGAGCUGGUCACACUGGCCCAGAUGCCGCACGAGGAGGUGGACAUAUUUGAGCUUACCAAUUACUUGGCUGCCGGCUAUCGUCUCGAGCAGCCCGUUAAUUGCCCCGAUGAAUUCUUUACGGUCAUGAACUGCUGCUGGCACUGUGAGCCGAAACAGCGUCCGACACCCGCGCAGCUGUUGUCCUACCUGCAGGACUUUCACGUCGAUCUGGGCAUGUAUAUCUAAGGAUGCAGAUAAUGAUGACUGACUGAUUGCACUGCGAGCUAAUCAUUCACGUGAAUGCAUUGGCAGCGAGUGGAAAAUUUAUUGUAUAACUAGAUGCAUGCACACAAGUUACGUAAGCUAAAUUAAUUGAAAACUUUUGCAUUUUGAAUGUGAGAAUUUAAUGUGAAUUACCUGUUACCAAUUUCUCUCUGGCGUCUGUGUGUGUAACCAAUUGAACGUACGUAUGUGUAUAUAGUAUAUAGAAAUUUAUUGUCUAAGUAAAUAUUAAGGCGUUUAAGUGUCACAGAAACCAAUUAACUCGACAACAGUUGCAGCCAAUUGCACUUCAAAGCACAACAAUGCAAACAGAGACAAUUUGUUGCAUUUGCAUGUGUUCCUAGAAAUGUAAACUGCCAGAAAUCGCAAACAUUAACUGCCGUAAUUCGUGAAAAGGAUGUGUUUACGUGUUCAAUUGUGGAAACAGUUGAAUUAACAAGCAUUCCCUUAAACGUUUUAUCACCAAAAACUAAUUAUAAAACAGCUGAAUUUCAAUUAAGAGGAUUAAAUGUUACAUCCUCCGUUGUAACUGAGGCGAAUGCGUAUUCUGGAAUGCAUUUCAGUAAGUACAGUUGAGCAUUUAAGUAGCUAGAAAUUGAAUAAACUAACACAAGUACACAUGCUUAUAUAGUAUAUGUAUACACUUCAGAUUGCGAAAUAAAUUAAACAAAAAUGAUUGUAAACUAUUGAGAAUGCAUAUUUUAUUGAAUGUGCACAGGAAAAGAGCAAGAGAACGCAAAGAGAGAGCGAGAGAGAGAGAGAGGGGGAAUCGAAUAGAAAGUUGAAUGUGCGACAACAAAAUACGGAAUCUUUUGUUCUCAAAUGUUGUCCUCAAUUGUUAUCAAACGAUAUAUUUAUUUAUUGAUUUACCAACGAGCAUUUAAAUAUUAUUAUAUUACAUAUUAUUAUCACAUAUUUGUAAGGAAAAUUCUCGACUGAUUGCGAGUCAAAGUGAGGCACAGCGGCAGCUGAAGUUCAAAUUAGAAUCAGAAUCGGAAUCAGAAUCAGAAUCAGGUGAAACAACAGACACUGUAAAGCAAUUGUUAAACGCAUAAAUCACACAAAAUCAAAUCAAUUGCCAAUGUCAUGAGCAAAAGCUACAAGUUUCGAGCUAAUUUCCAUAAGAGACUCAAAGCACUAAGCUACACUGAAACUCAAAUCAAACCAAAAGGCACACAAACUCACACACACACACACACACAGCCAAUAUGCACACUCGCACACAGCAAGCUUCACACUAAUUUUGUUAUUAAACUGACAACUGCUUCAGCUAACUUAGUCUGUCUCAAGUUUUAAUGUGCACUUGUGAGCCACAGUUGUUACUCAAGGCAACUAUUUAGCAGAUGAAUAUUUAGGAAAUUAGGCAAU